CUGUAGGCAGCUCGAUCAUUCCAGCGCACGUACCCGAUUCUCCCAGUUGCUGGCAGCACGCAGUUGCGCAUUCUGAGCGGCAUACCCGGCUGCGAUUACAGGGUGCGUAGCAAUCUGGCAGACGAGCAGGGCAAUCUAACGCUGUAUGGCAUCGACUUCUACUCGAGCGGCAGCCUGGCCACCAGCAACGGAAGCUUCACGCUCUCCUACACCAUAGACAGCUUAACGAAAGGCUGUCCUGAUGUGGAGGGUGGCACGCAGCUGCUCUUGGAGGCAACGGCGCAUACCCUGUUCCUGCGCUCCGAGCAUAUGGUAUCUAAGCUCUGGUACGUGGACGACCUGCAGAAGUCGAACAAGUCGAAAGCCCUGGUCCGCACCUUGGCCAAUGUGCCAGCCGGCAAGCGAAUCAUUUGGCAAGAGGUGCGCAGCGGGAAUACGGCACUGGAGCUGCAAGCACGCAGCUACGACCUUCACGAACUGAACACCAUCGAGUACCAGGUGCUGAUAGGUCAACAGCAGAUCCACCAGCAGCUGCUGCGACCUGGCGGUGUCUACGCCCUGGUCAUAGGCCCAGCCGAAAAUGAGGUUCAUACCUCGCGCAUGUUCGAGCUAACUGAACCCAAUUCGAUGAGCAUGCUCUGGCUGAUUCCACAGUAUGUGGUCAUGACCUUGGGCGAGGUCAUGUUCUCUGUCACAGGUCUCGAGUUCUCCUACUCGCAGGCGCCUCCGAGUCUCAAGUCCCUGCUGCAAGCCUGCUGGCUCCUGACAGUCGCCUUUGGCAAUGUCAUCGUCGUGAUCAUCGCCGAACUCAAGUUCUUUGACUCGCAGGCCAACGAGUUCUUCCUCUUCGCUGGUCUCAUGUUUCUCGACAUGUUGAUUUUCAUGUGGUUUGCCCUCUACUACGUAAGCUAUGACGAGGUCGCCGCAAUGCACCAGAGGAAACUUAUAAAAAAGAGACAUUAA